GUCGUCCUGGUUAAGGGAUCCAAUCCAAAGCGAAACAACUUCUCGAAGAAGGGAUCACAUAUUCCUCCCCCUUUCUUUCGCCUUUCGUCGUCCGCUGAGCCAAAGAAGCACGCGCCUCCACGCGACACCGUAACCGCCGCGUCCCCGCCGCGACGAUGUCUUUGAUGCUCGUCGAUUGCUCCGGCUGCCGGACGCCGCUCCAGCUUCCGCCAGGGGCCAAGUCCAUCCGCUGCGCCCUCUGCCAGGCCGUCACCUACAUCCCCGACCCCCGCGGCGCCCCCGCCCCGGCGGCCUCCCAGGGCUACCGCCCCCCUGCAGCCCCGUCGCCCGGCGCCGGUACGCCGUGGGGCCCUCCGCCGACGCCGCACGGGAGGAAGAGGGCCGUGAUCUGCGGGAUCUCGUACCGUUACUCCCGGCACGAGCUCAAAGGUUGCAUCAACGACGCCAAGUGUAUGCGCUACCUCCUCAUCAACCGCUUCGACUUCCCAGAGUCCUCGAUCAUCAUGCUCACCGAAGAAGAGACUGAUCCAUAUAAGUUCCCGACAAAGCAUAAUAUAAGGAUGGCCCUAUAUUGGCUUGUACAAGGCUGUCAACCAGGAGACUCGUUGGUAUUCCAUUAUUCUGGCCAUGGUUCGCAACAAAGGAGCUAUCACUCAGAUGAGGUUGAUGGCUACGAUGAAACCUUGUGUCCUCUGGACUUUGAAUCACAAGGAAUGAUUGUAGAUGAUGAAAUCAAUGCAACAAUUGUGAGACCGCUUCCUCAUGGAGUAAAGCUUCAUGCAAUAAUAGAUGCUUGCCACAGUGGUACUGUACUGGAUUUACCUUUCCUCUGCAGGAUGAAUAGGAGCGGACAAUAUGUAUGGGAAGAUCAUCGCCCUCGAUCUGGUGUUUGGAAAGGUACAAGUGGUGGUGAAGCCAUUUCCUUCAGUGGUUGCGAUGACAACCAAACCUCUGCUGAUACCUCGGCUCUAUCAAGAAUCACCUCCACGGGUGCAAUGACCUUCUGCUUUAUCCAAGCCAUCGAGCGUGGUCAUGGGGCUACCUACGGAAGCAUACUGAACUCGAUGCGAACAACCAUCAGGAGCACCGGUGAUGCCAUGGGUGGAGGUCCUGUAACAUCACUCCUCACCAUGCUGUUGACAGGAGGCAGUUUAAGUGGUGGGCUGCGACAGGAGCCACAACUGACUGCGUGGGAACAAUUCGAUGUGUACUCGAAGCCCUUCUCUCUAUGAUGUGCCAGCGGCUGAUUCUUCAACGCUUAACAGUACAGUACCCGAAUAUUUACACGAUGUAAAAUUGUGUGAUUCACAAUUCCUAAUAGGACUUAUCUUUUUUCGUUUCUUUUGUUGUAAGAAAGAACUUACAUUCACAAUUUUUAGACUACUGUUUUCAUUUCUUUAAUUGCAUUGAGAGCUUUUUGUAC